AGCCAAACCGAAGCAACGCCGAAAGAGUUGCAAUGAGUUGAAAACGGAUCGUUCGCAUCGUCUGCGACGCGUCUACUUGUUUUGACAGCUUCCUGUUGUUUAGCUAGCCUGCGAGCUUAGUGACGGACGGUCAUUUAAGUAGCUUUGAUGAUCGGAAAUGGCCUCUUGUCACCCGCAGUCACCUCAUCACGUCGCGGCUGUGUGCUCUUUGACACGGACCUUCAGCCGCUGCGUUAAGUUCCCUCGAUGCUUCUAAUCUCACCCAGUGAAACCACAGGCUGCUGCGAUGUCAGAGCCUAAGCCCCCUACUCCAACCCCGACCCCUGGAGACACGUACAAGGGUUGGCUCUUCAAAUGGACUAACUACAUAAAGGGUUACCAGAGACGCUGGUUUGUUUUGAGCAAUGGACUGUUGUCAUAUUAUAGGACCCAGGCAGAGAUGGGUCACACAUGCAGAGGCACCAUCAACUUGGCCACAGCCAAUAUUACGGUGGAGGACUCGUGCAACUUUGUCAUUUCCAACGGUGGAGCGCAAACCUACCACCUGAAGGCCAGCUCAGAAGUGGAGCGCCAGCGGUGGAUCACAGCGCUGGAGCUUGCCAAGGCAAAGGCCGUCCACAUGCAGGCCGAAUCUGAUGACUCCGGAGACGAUUGUUCCACAGCGCCCCCCACCUCAGGACAGGGCGGAGGCUGCCGUAACUCAGAAGUCCAGUCCACACUACGAACAAUGAGCAGCAAGGUGGAGGACCUCACCACCUGCAAUGAUCUCAUUGUCAAGCAUGGGUCUGCCCUUCAAAGGUCUUUGUCAGAACUGGAGGGGAUUCGUGUUGGAGGGGACAUGGGGGAAAAGACUAGACAAGUCACCGAGAGGGCCACGCUGUUCCGAAUCACCUCUAAUGCCAUGAUCAAUGCAUGUCGAGACUUCCUCUCCCUGGCCCAGAACCACAGUAAGCGCUGGCAGAAGGCCUUACAGACCGAGAGAGACCAGAGGAUACGGCUGGAGGAGACUCUGGAGCAGCUGGCCAAACAGCACAACCAUUUGGAACGAGCCUUCCGCGGAGCCACGGUUCUCCCCUCUUCGUUCAGCAAUCCCGCCUUAGGCAACAAAGGCGGCGUUUCAGCAAAGGGUGAUGCCAGUGACGAGGAUGAUGACAAUGAGUUCUUCGAUGCUAUGGAAGACCCAGCAGAGUUUAUUACUGUCCCUGCUGACCCCAAGUAUCACAGGAGAUCUGGCAGCAAUGCCAGUGGGCUCAGCAAUGAGACUGGACUGGACGAUCAGUCUGUAAAUUUCGAUGAACUGUCGUUGGCGUCCAAUCCGGAGUCUCCCCAGCCCCUUGAGCUUGAACCAGUGAGACAAAGAAGGACCCGUAUCCCUGACAAGCCGAACUAUUACCUCAAUCUGUGGAGCAUCAUGAAGAACUGCAUUGGAAAGGAACUCUCAAAGAUACCAAUGCCUGUAAAUUUCAAUGAGCCCCUCUCCAUGCUGCAACGUCUCUCCGAAGACCUGGAGUACUACGAGCUGCUGGACAAGGGUGCCAAAUGUCAGAGUUCUCUGGAGCAGAUGUGCUAUGUCGCCGCUUUCACGGUCUCUUCCUACUCCACCACUGUCCACCGCACAGGAAAACCCUUCAAUCCUUUGCUGGGAGAAACCUUUGAGCUUGAUCGACUCGGAGAGUGCGGCUACCGUUCGCUGUGUGAACAGGUGAGUCACCACCCACCUGCCGCAGCUCACCAUGCCAUCUCUGAAAAGGGUUGGACCCUCAGACAGGAAAUCACACUGGCCAGCAAGUUCAGAGGAAAAUACCUCUCCAUCAUGCCCUUGGGAUCUAUCCAGUGUUUGUUUGACAAGAGCAACAAUCACUACUCUUGGAAAAAAGUGACGACAACAGUGCACAACAUUAUUGUGGGGAAAUUGUGGAUUGAUCAGUCAGGGGAGAUAGAUGUGGUGAACCACAGGACAGGAGAUCGCUGCCACCUCAAGUUUGCUCCCUACAGUUACUUCUCCAGGGACGUGCCGAGAAAGGUAACAGGAGUCGUAACGGAUAAGGAUGGAAAGGCCCAUUAUGUGCUGUCAGGAACGUGGGAUGAGAAGAUGGAGUUUUCCCGGGUAAUGCAGAGCAGUAAAGGCGAGAACGGCACAGAGGGCAAACAGAGGACUGUCUAUCAGACCCUCAAAGCCAAAGAAAUCUGGAGAAAGAAUCCUUUACCAGACGGAGCAGAGAACAUGUACUUCUUCUCCUCACUGGCCUUGACUCUCAAUGAACCCGAGGAGGGAGUGGCGCCAACAGACUGUCGCAGACGCCCUGACCAGCGAUUAAUGGAGGAAGGCCGCUGGGACGAGGCAAACGCCGAGAAGCAGAGGCUGGAAGAAAAACAGCGCACGACCCGCCGAGAAAGGGAGAGGGAAGCUGUCAAAGCUGCCAGCACACCUGAGGAAGCUGUCACUGAGGAUUCAGUCACUGACUCGCCCUUGAAAACUGAUGCACAGGAGAUUGGCACAGAAGCAAGUGAGGUUUCUGAUGAAAGUUGUUGCUCAGCUGACACAGAGGACUCUCCCCCUCAUACACCCGUUGCAUCCCCUCAUGGACUCCUCCCUUAUUUAAGCCCCCACCAAGACAACUACCAAGCACUGUGGUUCGAGAAGAUCGACGACGCCGCGUCCGGCGAGACCUUGCACGUGUACAAGGGCGGCUACUGGGAGGCCAAGGACCAAGGCAGCUGGGACAUGUGCCCAGAGAUCUUCUGAUUGCAGCCGAAUCAGCGAAAAGAGAAGAUGGUGAGAAGUGGCCUACUAACUUACAUCAGCUAACGUGGGGGAAUCAAGCCUGACAUCAAACCACCAUCUUCAACGUCUGUAGCUUCAACCGAUCACCUCCCACAAGCUCCACCGUUCCAGCAGAGAGAGAUUUUUGCUCAGGAUCAAGUGCAUGUGGAUUUCACCCCUCAAUGUAGAUACAAUGCACAUUGUGCGUUGUAGUAACAUAGCAUCUGGUCAGUCAGUGUUCAGAUAAAACCCUCUCACUGCCUUUCUCAAAACACUUUGUUUAACUUUGCCCUGCUGCUUGUUCUCGGCACAGGCGCCUGUGUUGCAGCCUUUGAUUUGCAUUUAGCAACCGGUUUAUUCUGGCAAGUGUCGUCAUACAUUUUCUUUGGAAGCACUAUUGUCAAUCAUUACUCAUCCCGGUGACAUCUAACUAUAAAUUAGGUUUUGCGCAGACGGAGUGAUCGUCUAAA